AUGUACGACAACCCUGGGACUCGACCCGGAAUGCAAGGGAUGCCGCCGCUGAACCCUCAGUCACAGCAGAACCCGUUUGGGAAUGCGUUCUACACGGCAGGUCCGGGGUUAAUUCGAACUGGGCUGGGGGCGUACGGUGAGAAAUUCUUUGGAUCGAGCUCCGAAUUCAUGCAAAGCAAUGUACGGAAUACACCCAUGGUUUUGCCGUGCUUUCCUCAGAUUGUUAAGACAUACCAGUCUAGUUGGCAUUCUUCAGAGCUUUGAACGUAUGCCUGUUGUUCAUCCCUACAGAUCAGCAGAUAUUUCUCGAAUCCUCAGUACUAUUUUCAAGUGAACGACCAGUACGUGAAGAACAAGCUGAAGGUGGUCUUGUUUCCUUUCCUUCACAGGGUAAUCUCUCCAACUCCAAUGGCCAGUUUGUCCUUUUUUGUUGACACGAGUACCUCCUUUUAAUCCAUGGCUUAAUGCCUCGGGACCCUUUCCUCCUCCAGGGGCAUUGGACUAGGAUAAGCGAGCCUGUUGCGGGUAGACUGUCGUACAAACCCCCUAUCUACGAUAUCAAUGCCCCAGAUUUAUACAUACCUUUGAUGUCCUUUGGGACCUAUGUAGUUCUCGCAGGCUUCACACUGGGCCUUCUCGGAAAGUAAGCUGUUCAUUGACCCACCCUGGAUUUAUCAUCAGCAUCAUCAGCUUGCAGAAUGUAAUAUUUGGGUAUGUCCUGACCGUUUUCCGCUCUGGGUUUCCUUCAGGUUUAGCCCUGAAGCAUUGAGCAUGCAGUUCACCCGGGGUCUGAUCGGCUGGGUGCUGCAGUUUGUGCUGCUGAAGGGGCUUCUGUACUCAAUGGGCAGCGGGGAGGCGCCGCUGCUGGACAUGUUCUCGUAUGGCGGGUACGCCUUCACUGGCAUAUCCCUCGCCAUCUUUGGGAGGAUCCUGUGGCGCUAUUCCUACUACUUCCUGAUGCCCUGGAUGUGCCUGUGUAUGGGAGUCUUCCUGGUCAAGACCAUGAAGAGGGUCCUCUUCACGGAGAUGAGAACCUAUGAGAAGCACUCAAGCCGGCACCACUACCUCCUCCUGUUAAUGGCCGUCGCCCAGUUCCCUCUCUUCUUCUGGCUCGGCAGCAUUGGGGGCGCCUAA